CCUGCAUGGGCAGGGACACCUUCCAUUAGAGCAGGUUGCUCCAAGCCCUGUCCAACCUGGCCUUGAGCACUGCCAGGGAUGGAAGUGUUUUCCCUCCCUGCGUUCAAGUUAGCAUCACUUCUGCAUCUGCUGAAGGGUCAGCUGAAGGAAUGCAGUCUGGGCGGUUAACAGUGUGACUGGAACUCCUGGUUUAGGAAUUCGCUUGUGUCUCUGUGCCUCCUGCCCUGGGCAUGCCCAUACCUGCCCAGUGCUGUAGGGUCAUCUCUAAGGGAGCCAGGGCUCCAUCACACACAACUGUUUCACAACAUAAGACUUACUGAAUUGCACAAAGUACUCUAAAAAGAGUGAGAAAACUGUGGGGAAAUAUCAAAAGUGAAGCAGAGGCUGAAGCUUUUUGUAGCAGCAAUUAUUUUAAGUGAACUGCCCGUAAAGGUUUUGCAGUUUUAGGCGUCAGGUUGCUUAUUUGGGGCAGACAAUAUUGUUAAUGUGUGAAACAUGCUAAAAAUUGACCAAUAAAAUCACCUGGAUAUUUCAAACAUAAAUAGUGUGUAUAAAAAUAGAUACAGAGCAGAUGGCCUGGCUCCCUGCACACCUUGCUGACCAGAAUACUCAAGCAACACAUACAGCCAAAAUCUUGCCAUCUCUGAAGCUGAUAUCUGCAAAGGCAAGGGUUAUCCUCAUGCUACUCUUUAUCUUUUAGGCACUAACACUCCUGCAUACGUUGAUUAGUGUAUUCUAGAGGGAUAAUGCACCUUGGGCUUGUUUGAACUUGUUACUACCUAAGCAAAGCAAAUCAUCUGGUUUAGAGCUCAGGUUCUCAGGAGUCGGUUAGAUUAAAAAGGCUGUGAGCUGAAAUCUGAUGUACAGUGGAAAAAGCCCAAAACACAGAGGGUUGGGUUUGCAGCCAGCUCACAGCACUGCUUGUAGCUGAUAAACAUGCAGCAGAGACUGCCUCUCAUUCUCAUUUUUACCUUGGACGCUAAGAUCAACCACCACCAUCCUGCGGAUUAAGCAGGAUGUAAGGCUUUUCAUGCCUCCUUGUAUGGUUCAACAGAUGUGAAAGGGAAUUAUCACUUCAACAUGAUAUCAAGACUCUCUCUUUUUUUUUUCCUAGCUGAUGGCAGAUUACUAAGCCUGAAUUCUUGUUUAAUUUUAGUGUGUUAAUUGAUGGGAUAAUGAGCAUUGAUUAUAUGUGUUUUGGCUACGUCAUUGCAAUUACAGGCUCUGUUUUAUUCAUGAGCCAGUCCUAAAGAAUGCACUAGAGAUCUAAGACAGCUUAAACCUCUCAGAAAAAGGCUCUGAAUUGUUUGAGUAAUGACACUCUUAGAUGGAAAAUUAAAGGUUCUCUUUUCCCAUGCUUUUUAAGAUAAUUAAAAUCCAGGAACAGUAAGGUGGUGAACAUCCUUAUUCAUUAGUCUUCAGUAAUUUAGCUUCUACUAACUGAGGAAAACAUUUUAAUUCUCCAGGCCAUCUGUUGCAGUCUCCUUUGCAUGUCCUGUUACAUAAAGUCUCAUCCUGGGUAGUUUUAGCGUCAGCAUUGUAUUCUUUCACCAGGAAUGAUGAGCUGGGUGAGGCAGUUGAAGUCACUACCUAUUAACAGACCACCCUGGGAUUAGAAGGGCUGCUUGGUCUUUUAGAUUCAAGUUAUCCCAUCUAGACACCUCUGGGUUUCCGUGCAUGGAGAUAGGCAGUGAGACAAGAUGUGUGUUUUCUAAAAGCAAUAUCCCUGCCAACAAAUAACAAAGUUCAUCAGAGCUCUUCCAGUUCCUCAACAUGCGACUGCUCUGCCAUAUGGCUCUGUGCUGCUUUUGGAAGCAGGUAGUAACCACUCACACAGAAACCAAAGCAGAGGCUCUGUGCUGGAUGCUGCUUUGCAAGAGGUUCAGAGGAAGAACAGAUCUCUUUGCUCUGCAUUGGGGAAUAAAUAUUAGAGCAGGAGCGUGCUCACCUGGGAUAAAUGCUGGGUCAGGAAAUGGGAUUUCUGACUAUCUAUUGGAACAACUCACUUUAUAGCUUUGGGCAAGUUACAUUAGCCCACGCUAGAAACAUUUCCCACUGAAAUGAUAAUGUGUAUAGCUCAAUGGAUUCAGAUUCUUAAGUUAUUCCCGAUGCAGUUACAUCCCUACAGAUCUAAGAGGAUUCAGGUUCCAUUAAUUUGGCUUGUUUCUGUCAAAUUCUCACAUCAAAUCAAAGCCAUGCUACUUGUCAGCAGGGGCUGCUUUAGACCCAUGUGUUUAACCAGCUCCAUGAUCACCAGGUUGUGUUUCCAUUAUUGAUAAGGCAGGGCUGCAAGCUUCCACAAGGUAGAGCUUGAAUUCACCUGCUUGCUAUUACUCAAGUUGCUUAGAGAUCACAAACACCCUGGCCUCAAGAUGUGUGGCUGCAGAGCCAGCGUCUCCAACACAAAGCAGUGCUUGGACAAUAACCCAGCUCCUGCAUCUACCAAAAAGAGCCCUUUGGCUGCAGCAGAUAUGUCCAAGUGCAUACCCAUAGCCAAGCAGCUGGCAUCAAUAAAAGCUCUAGGAAAAGGCUCAGACCUUGAGAAAGCUUUCGCUACACUGGCUUUGGUGUAUAACAACUCUGCUGAUCCGGAGGGCAAGCUCAGCAAAGGUGAAACAAAAAGCUUGCUGCAAACCCAGUUUGGGGGUUUCAUACAGGGCCAAGAAAACAAACCAAAAUACCAGGAAAUCAUUUCUGCCCUGGAUGAGGAGCCAGAGAACAAAAUUGAUUUUGAAGACUUCAUGAUCUUGUUAGUCAGCCUCACUCUAAUGUCUGACCUGCUGCAGCAGAUCAGAAACAUGAAAACCACAAAAUGAGCAGUGCUUUAGGAGAAGAAAGGGCUUGUUGCUUCAUAAGGAAAGCAGGCAUGAAGCACAAGCAGAGAUAACACUGAGCGCCUGGAUACUCUGUGCUGAUCCCUUUAUACGGAAUAAAGUCUUGUCCAAACCUGGCUGAUCUCACUCCUCUAUACAAAUGAUCCAUGGAGUGAAAUGCUGGUGCUAAGGGCUUCAUGUACAUGCUCUGGGAUGGCGUGCUGACUGGAUCUCAGUGGGUCCUGAGGCCCCAACACCAGUUACCAUCAGGGUGUCGCCCCUAGCCCAGCUUAAUGCUGGGGAAAGGCAGCCUGUGCUCUCCCAGACCUCUCCAUCUCCCACCCCAUUGUGGGGAGAUGAUGGGGGGAAACUGCCUCAAAAACAUGCAGCUCCAUCUCUCUUCAGGACACAGCAUUCACGUCAUGGCCAGUCAGCUUCCCAGGACUUUGUAACCCC